CCCCAACUCGCCUGUUUCUGUGUCCGCGUUUCCUGGCCCUUCUGGUGGUGUAUCCGAUACCACCGCCACCACGCCCGACGCUAUGCCCAGCAACAAAAACAAGCGGCCGGCCCCGAGCAGCGCUGCGACGCCAGGCGCCUCCAAGAAGAAGAAGAUGGAAAAUGUCCAGAAAUACUACGCCGUGCAAGCGGGCUUCGUCCCCGGGGUGUACUUGACGUACGCCGAGUGCCAGGCUCAGACGGCCGGAUUCAAGGGCGCUGUUUUCAAAUCCUUUCUUUCAAGAGAAGACGCCGACGCCUUUGCUGCUGGGAAAAAAGUUGCAGUGGCAGACGAGCCCGAUAAAUUCUAUGCGGUUGCUGUUGGCAAUCCGACGGGCAUCUUCACAGACUGGUCCGAAGCUCAAAAGGCCACCACGGGCGUCAAGGGCCCCAAGUACAAACGCUUCUCAACUCGAGCAGAAGCCGUGGCAUACAUCCGACAAUUUGGCAAUAGGGAGGCGAUAGAGGCAUUGGGAGAGAAGGUGGAGCCAGUGGAGAAGGUGGAGGUUGAAGAAAAGCUUUUCACAAUCCAAAAGUUCACUCCCAUCCUCAAGGACAGUGAGGCUGAUACGAAGCCGCGAGAGGAUAUUCUCGACAUAUACACCGAUGGAAGCAGCCUGGCCAACGGCCGAAAGGGUGCUCGUGCCGGACUGGGCGUUUAUUUUGGAGAGAAUGACCCUCGCAAUCUGGCUGAAAAAUUGCUUGGCGACAAGCAGACUAACCAGCGAGCAGAGCUCAUGGCUAUGCUGCGGGCUUUGGAAUCUGUGCCGGCCGCUCAGACUGUUCGCAUUUACAGCGACAGCCAGUACUCCAUCAAAUGUGUAACUGAGUGGCCCAUUGGAUGGAAUAAAAAGGGUUGGAAAACAGCCAGCGGUGAGGAUGUUAAGAACCAUGAGAUCAUACGGCCUAUCCUUAAAAAGAUGGAUGAACGAACCAAGGCUGGAGGCAAUACCUACUUCCAGUGGGUAAAGGGCCAUGCCGCGAAUCCUGGCAACAUUGCCGCAGAUCGGCUGGCCGUCAUGGGCGCGAACCUUCCAUGAUACGGCGUGAUGAGCGCAUACCGACACUGCGGUUCUUUCGCCAUGGAUGGAGAUGAUGGAGAUGUGUGUGUUAAGCAACGGGUGCUUUGUCUACCUAUUGACGGGCGCAGCUACAAUACAUGGCCUACGAGGAAGAGAGAUGGAUGAUCUGCGGCGAGAAAUAAAAAGCAUACCAUGGAGUUGGGCAUGGGAUAAUAAUGAUUGUAACGGCAACUGGAUGGAGCCCUGGAUAGGAGUUUAACAUUUACAU